AUGGCCGGCCCGAGAGCACGAUCAAGCAGCGUCCGCAGGGCUCGCGGCCUUUCGAUUGGAGAGGAUGGCAAGCCGGUGCCGCUCAAGCGUUGGGAUGGUGCCAGCAAAACGUGCAGGGACUGGGACGAGCUACGAAGGGAUCCCGAAAUUUGGGAGCGUAACGGCAACUGCCUUGUCCACCUUUAUGCCAAGGGUGAUUCAAAGCGCGGGCCGUCUUUCAAGCUGCCUUUUGCGGCUCUGCUGUUAGCGGGAUGCCUUCCGCUCCUCGAAAAGUUCCUGGUACUGGAGGGUCUUGCGUCUAGGACGGCGCAGGAGAUUGAGAGGUGGGAUCAGCUGCAUCCUAGGUCGACGGCUGAGCUGUAUAUUCCGGCCCCCCCUCAUGCCACCGAGAAGCAGGCACAGCGCUAUCAUCUGGCCUUCAGAAAUCUUUUUGCGUGGGUUCUAGGGAGGCCAAUCGUCGGCGAAAGUCUGGGAAGCGCACUCGUCACACUCCUUCGCUCCAUGCGCGAGUUCAGGUCCUCUCCGGAAAGCAACGUGGAUGAUUUGCUCAAGUAUAUGCGCCACACGCAGUACCUCGAGAUGGCCGAAAUACCCGUCCACGCCACCGCGGCUCUUUAUCUGGCAGAGACAUUUCAGCUGAAUGACUUGUAUAAACAGGCCUUUGCUCAUUGCGUUGGCAUGCAUGACCGCUUGUUUUCCACUUCAGAGUACCAGCUUAUCAGUGCGGUAUCGCGAACACUUGUCCGCAGGGCACGCUUGGAAAUGAACGCAAUGCUGCAGCAGACAUCCAAUAGACUGAGGAGCUUCCUCGACGAAGAAUUAUCGGAAACAAAUCUGGGAAUUCCAGCCGGCACCCGCGCCCACCUCGACAGGUUCCGAAGCUUUCUGCUGUCCUUUUACUCAGCCAAGUUUGGCUACUAUCCUCCCAGGACAUUUAGCGCAGAUGUACUCAGCAUAAUGGCAGAGGAUUUUGAUGCCCUAUACGAGCUUCUCGUGGAUAAUAGCUACACCGCAUCGGACAUCAUACCAUCAACGGCAGUCGGCGGCAUCUGUACUGAGCAGCUGGUCCAGACAUUCAACGAAAACAACAAAUUCGAGCCCUUGCAGCAUCCCCUGCCUCAGCUGCCUCAGCUUGAGGCUUCUAGUGAUGGGCUCCGUCGCCUCUCAAAGUUUCCAUUUGUCGAAAAGGUCAUUCCCGGCCAGCGGUUAGUAACGAUUACGGCUUUAAUCACGGCAUCCAACUGGACAGAAAAGUGUUUCAAGAACGACCUCGUACAGGCAUACCGCAGAUUUGAAGAGGAUGCCGUUCUUUCUCCCAGCAAGGUCGACAAGAGCGAGAAGAUUUCACUGCUGGAGGCUCGUAAGGUGCGAUGGAUCCUGGUUUAUGCAGUCCACCAAGUUUUGCGCAGUGCAACACGAAAACCGGCAGAGGUGCGGGGCGAGGAGACGUCUUACCACCUCACGGUCUCGAUGAAUGGCACCCCUCCAUGGUCAUCAGCAUCUCACGAGAUGAAGAAACCCCUGCGGAUCCAAACAGACAUUGUGGCCGAUGACGACCUCGUGACCCAGCGGGCCAUCAAGAUACAGGAAACUCCGGUGGAAAGGAUAGAGAUCAAGCCUGAUAUUGACUACUUCGCAUUGACGCACAACAAGAGCCGCAAUCCAUCCAUGUCGACCCUGUCAGACAACUCGUCUCCUGCAACCCUUUCUCGGUCGCUAAGGAAAUUCAGGAGGAGCUCCAUGUCGGCAUCACAGCCGUCGACGCCGCCGACGCCGGCGAAGCCAUUGUAUCACGAGAUUGUAGUACAAGGCUAUGGGAACGGGACACAAGCAGUCACGGUAGAGCCAGAGGAUGAGGGGCUGAUGAUGAAAGGCGCAUUGGCGGGCCGGAGCGAUUCGACGGCGUCGUCUCAAUCGAACUCGAGCUCGAGCACCACUGCCUCGUCAGUGCCCGAGAGCAUGAGCAGCACGAUUGACACGCUUUCCACGAGCGCGCUGUCCAGUCCCACGACGCCCACGACGGAUGCCGCUCUGGAGCUUGAGAUGAUGCUCGCCCGCUGGGGUCCACAAGACAAGGCCCCGGUAAGACUGGAUCUGCCGCGUUCGGCAUCAGCCAGCGCCAUUUCCGGCGAACUGGGGAGCUUAGCGGCGGGGCUCCACAGCUACUCAGGAGCGGUUGACAGGAAAGAAGACGUCAAGAGAAAACGAAGAAGUUUAGAGCCCGCGCGGUCGGCGCCGGCGCCAACCGCCCUGCAACGACGCUACACGAUGCUUGGAGACCUUCGACGGAAGAAUUUUGGGUUUGAAGCCAAGAACAUCUCCGUCCGCAUUCGUGAAAACAGCAUCAGCGAGGAAACGUGGACUCCCAGCCGGAGGGAUUCCGAUGAUUGGUCCAUAAUGCUAGCCUUUAUGGACGGGACUGAGACAGAGGCUGAAGCUAAUACGAACGACGCCUGGGCACAAUAUUCUGAUUUGGGAGGACUUACUGAUAUGAGUUAG